AUGGAACCGUCCAUCGUCGACCGCACCAGACUCUUCUCCGUUGAAGGCAUCGUCGCCGUGAUUGAUGGCGGUGGAACAGGCAUAGGCCUGAUGUUCGCCCGCGCCCUAGCCGCCAACGGCGCACGCAAAGUCUACAUCGUCGGUCGUCGCAAGGAGAUACUCAAAUCCGCUGCACAGAGCGCGUCGAUCAACGGAAACGUCAUCCCCGUCGUCGGCGACGUAACAUCCAAAACCUCCCUCCUCGCAAUCGCCGAGAAGGUCAAACAGGAAGUCGGCUACAUUAACCUACUCAUCUGUAACUCCGGAUACUACCCACCACGCCUCAACAUCAAAAGCGAACAAAGCAUCUCCGACAUCGCGCACAAAGCCCUCCAACAAGACCCCGAGGAGUGGAACCGCACAUUCGCAACCAACACCACAGCCGUAGCCUUCACCUCCUUCGCCUUCCUCACCCUCCUCGACGCCGGCAACACACCGCCCAACAGCUUCUGCCCCGGCGUCAAAUCCCAGAUCCUCGUCACGACCUCCAUCGGCGCCUUCAACCGCAACAACAGCGAGGCCUAUCACUUCUCCAAGUCCGCCGCAACGCACCUCGUCAAAUCUUUCGCGUCCAGUUUCGCCCCAUACCAUAUCCGCGUCAAUGGCAUCGCGCCCGGUCUCUUCCCCACGGACCUCGCGGCUGGGUUGUUCGAUCCGAAUGUAGCGGAGCCGAGUGUGGAGGGUUCGCUGGCGAGGGAUUUUGUGCCUGCGGAGAGGCUGGGCGGGACAAGUGAUAUGGCUGGGUUUGUGCUGUAUGCGGCGAGUCAGGCGGGGGCGUAUGUGAACGGGAAUGUGAUGGUUGUGGACGGUGGGAGGUUGGGUGUUGUGCCGUCGUCGUAUUGA